UACAACAAAUUCGGCAGAACAUACCUUUUUGAUAUCGAUUUCUGGUACAUACGGAAGGAAGUCGAAGACUGGGAAGUCACGUAUACGGUAGACGCCUACCAUGCUGGGAAUUUCACGCGAUUUUUGAACCAUAGCUGCGAUCCAAACUGCUCUCUGGUCCCUUGCUACAUCAACGAGGGAAAUAUUGAAAAGCCUCUGCUGACAGUUUUUACCCGAAGAGACGUUGAAGCAUACGAAGAAUUGUGUUUUUCCUACACUGGGCCUCCUGAUGAAGAUGAGGUACUGCAGGAAGAGGCAACGGGCCCUUCGAUGCCGGACCAUGACGAUGCGAUCUAUGUCCCGUGCAAAUGUGGUGCCCGGAACUGCAAAGGCAGAAUGUUUUAG